CCCGUAUUCAAUAAUGCCGCCUGCGGAAGGUCCCCUCUCCGAGUUGAGUACAGCCCCCUCGAUUCCCACGGUUGCUGGACUUCCCAUGAGUCAGAUGAGUAUAUUAUUCAUCGCACAGGAACAGCUUGAGAGAGCGAUUUACACAGUCACCGAACAGUACAGGGUCGUUGUGGAUGGUGCAGAGUUUAGAUAAUUGAGCCUUAUCGUUUGCGAAUCGCAGUUGGUGUCAGCCGUCAUCUGGUUCCACUUCCGGUCGCUCCCAUAGAGACGAACAGCCUUCGCAGAACAUCCUACUAUCAACAUCCUUCUCUCUCCUUCCACUCCUUCUUUCCCUACCCCAUUCCUCUCCUUAACCCUCUCUUCGCCCUCAGUUUCCGUCAAGCAUAGCAAGAAUGCCUCUCGGAAUUCACAAUCCGUUACCUUCAUCGUUAGGAAGCGAAUGUAGAAAGGCGGGCAAAAUCCUCGCCUCCUUUGUCGAUCCACGACAGGCGUUUGGGCCCGAUAAAGUGAUUCCUCCGGAGAUUUUGGCAGGAGCCAAGGGUCUCGCCGUUCUUACUGUCCUGAAAGCUGGAUUUUUGGGCUCAGCUCGGUUCGGUUCUGGUGUCGUCGUCGCUCGGCUAGCUGAUGGAACCUGGUCUGCUCCGUCGGCCAUUGCCACUGCUGGUGCUGGGUUCGGAGGUCAGAUUGGGUUUGAGUUAACCGACUUUGUGUUUAUCCUGAACGAUGCCGCAGCCGUCCGGACCUUCUCGCAGGUCGGGACCCUGACGCUAGGUGGAAACGUUUCGAUCGCUGCUGGACCGGUCGGACGAAACGCGGAAGCUGCUGGUGCGGCUAGCACAAAGGGUGUGGCGGCAGUGUUCUCAUACUCCAAGACCAAGGGUCUCUUUGCCGGUGUCAGUCUGGAGGGAAGCAUGCUGGUGGAACGUAAGGAUGCGAACGAGAAGAUGUACAACAGCCGGGUUUCGGCACGCCAGCUCCUCAGCGGAACCAUUCGACCUCCCCCGGGCGCGGAUCCUCUCCUGACCGUAUUGAACUCGCGUGCGUUCUACGGCAAUUCCCGGAAUGGUAGUGAUAUGUACAACGACAUCCCCGUUUAUGAUGACAGCCAUGACGAUGUAGUUUGGGAGGGCCGCAGGGGCGAGGCGUACGGCGAAGGAACGCGGCGCGACCGCACUGGGUUCAGUGGCUCAGGUUCAGAUGACUUCCGGGACCGGCCCCGCCGUGCGAAUACAUGGGCAGACGAUAUAUAUGAUCGACCUGCUGGAGGGUUGAGCCGUUCAUCGACUACUCGGUACAGCGGUCGCACCGACAAUUACGACUCAUUCAACCGCAGCCGGAGCAAUACCACCCCAAUCGACGAGGACUAUGUAUAUUCUGACCGCAAGCCUAGCCGACCCACAGCUCCAAAACCGGUGUUUGGACAGCGGACCGGGGCAGCUCCUGCUCUACGCCAGGACCAGGCCAUAGCACUGUACACCUUUGAUGCGGACCAGGAAGGUGACUUGGGUUUCAAGAAAGGAGACAUCAUCACCAUCCUCAAGAGGACUGACAAGAAAGAGGACUGGUGGACCGGGCGGAUCGGGAGCCGCGUUGGCAUUUUCCCAAGUAACUAUGUCGAAACUGCUUAGGAGUCGGCUUGUCCUAGUUGGACUCACGCGGAAUGAUAUUGGACGAUGCGAGCACUUUUAACGCCUCGUUCCUCUUUACGAAUGCUUCGAUGUUCCUUUUUCGUUUGGUAUUGAGCUCUCUUGUCAUCGUUUAAGACUCACCCCCUUUAGAUUUUGUUCUCUCUUUGCUUUUUCCUGUCGGCUUUCUAGUGUAAGCGCCGGAGUUGCCUGUUGGGCCGACCAGCGGAUUCGGGGUGACUUUUGAACGGAUAAGUGACAAAACGGGACAGUUACACCUGUGUAUGUGUUCUCUUUGGCGAUGGUUCUAGCUUUUGGUAUAUGCUUGUGUGAUAGUGUUGGACCACCUCUGGGUAUACAUAAGACUUCCCUCUUGCUGUUUUUUUUUAUUGGGACUCUAGGUUUAUAACAGUCAUAAAUGGAAUAUUCCCUCAUUGCUGCUGCGCC